GGUCGCGACUUCUAUCUAAUCGGGUCUCUGCAACGCGAUGCAACGAGUAGCGAGUGUAAACUCUCGAGACGAGCGUUCAGUCGCGAUCCAAUCGUUAAUAGCUUACCCCGACGAGUAGGAACUGGACCUCAAGAUGCAUGGAUCUACUCUGACCUGUCUAUCGAUCGUCCUGCUAUGCCUGACGAUCGUUGGGGCCGAGGUGCAGCCUACGUGCAGGCGAAUAACCGGCUACACGGUGUGCGACAAAAAGGGAACCCUGGUGGACGUCACUCAGCAGGAUUUCGAGGACAGGCUAGAGAUCCUCGCCCUGAACCUGCUGGCCAUCCGCGAGAACGCUUUCAAGAACCUAACAGUCACGAGGUUGAAUUUGGGUUUGGGUAAUAAGAUCUCCGCUGCGAGCAGGCAGUCGUUCCACGGUUUGGAAAAGUUGGAACGACUAGACUUAGACAGCAACGUGCUGCCUCUGUCUCCGAAUCUGUUCGCCGAGUUGACCCAGCUGCAUUCGCUGUCUCUGAUCUUCAACAAGAUCAACAAGAUACCCAAGGACUCGUUCGCUGGCCUGACUAGCCUGAUGUGGCUCUACCUAGGACACAACGACAUCGAAUCGAUCAACGCGGAUUCGUUCUCAGGACUGUCUUCGUCGCUGUUGUUCCUAUGGCUGAACGACAAUAAGAUCUCCAAUAUAGAGUCCGGUGCUUUCAGCGGGAUGACGGAAUUGACCAGGCUCCAUCUGGAGAACAAUAAACUGACCUCCAUUCAGACAGGAGUCCUGAAAGGCCUGCACAAGCUGGACGGCCUGUUCCUGGAGGAAAAUCAGUUGGGCAGCAUCUCCAAGACCGAUUUCAAGGGACUGAUCGGCUUGAGGAUCUUGAACCUGCAGAGCAACCAGAUAGCCAGCAUCGAGCAGGGAGCGUUCUCGGAUCUGAGCCAGCUAGAGCAGCUGGACCUGAGGAAGAACAAGCUGACGGAGAUCAACACUGGAAUAUUCAACGGCCUGUCCAACUUGAAGAAGCUCGAUUUAUCCAAUAACAUGAUCAGUGUAGUGCAGCCGAGCUCCUUUGCAGGGCUGCCAGCGUUGAAGACGCUGAACCUAGCGAAUAACAAAUUGUCGAACGUGGAUCGGAAGAAAUUUGGACUGACCGCUUUGACUAUCCUGUACACGUAAUGUAAGAAUGUAGAAAUUGCAGCAAUAAAGAAGCCUGUCGUUGCUAAUUUGACUAGUGUAGCUCGUGUUCGUCCUCAUUCUGCACGGUUGCUCCGAUCGAUCAACAGGCUCGUAAAUUAUCGUAUUAAUUAAAAGCCCGUAUCCAUAUCGGACUGACGCCAUUGGGGUCGCUGACAGACGGGAUCAUUUUGCAAUUAUACCUAAUUAACGCGAGUAAAAUGGAAGAAACCGUUGAUUAACCGACGAAAUUUUCAAUUUCCACCGAGUUCGUUAAGCUUAUUAUUCCUUAUCAUUAAUUUAUCGUUUCGAAAGCGUUUUAAAUUGUUCGUGAAAUGCGUGAUUACUAUAGGCAAUUUCGAUUUCGGGUGUCAAAAGCUCCGAGUAUAUAAUAAAUUAGAAAAUAAUUAUGACGGAACCGCAAACUCGACAACUCGAAUUUAACGAUUAGACUUUUCACUAUUUUGCAAAAUAUAGUUUCACUGUACGAUGUAAGAUCAAGCUUUUCACUUACAAUUAGACCACUGUCGCGAUACCGUCACGAAUUAUGUACUCGUGUAAAUUGUGCCUACUUUCGCGUGACUUUCGUCGGUUAUGCGAUUUUCGAGGAGAGGCCAUGCAGAAUGGUGUCACGUAUGUGUAUACGACCGUCGUUAAUCUGACUGGCCGACAUUAGAUAAGUGCAAACCUCUGUUGGUCGUUGUUCUUCCCGGCGUUAUCAGCGGACAAGAGCGUGUGACACGCGCGGGUCAAGUGUUGCGUUUUAAACGCGCGCGUUGUUCAGCGUAAAAUAAACGUAAGGAAAAGUGUCACCGAAAUUUCGUUGGAUAGCACGAGACCGUGCCUCGUUGAUACGCUCGCUGGGUUACAAAUUUCCAUCUCUAAAUACCGCUGGUCCCAUUUCCGCGACGGGUUUUAAUUUAUCCCAAAAAACGCCCACGUUUGCCCGAAUCCGGAGGAAAACGAAAUUUUUUCGCCCGUUGGAACGGUGAAAAAUUAAAAUUACGAAUCGGAAGGCACGGCUGUUAUCGCGAAAUGUAAAAAUCUCAGCUUUCCGCGUUUACCUUUAUGUCGCGGUGCAUUGGAAAUUGGGGAAAAAUUGUGUCGGGGUUAAAAAGGGGGAAAAGGGGUAGAAAUAUGGGUAGAAGCUUCGGAGAAAAAUAUUCAGAUCAGAAUAGACGAGCAGCUCUGGAAAUACUAAAAUACUCCUACGCGGGGAUUCUACAUCGGAGAGAGGAAUAGUUGAAAAUAGAAAAGACAGAUGUGAACAGAUUUAACCCCUUGCCGGUUAAGCUACGAUGGCAAA